AUGUCGAACAGUUCGGUGAGAAUUGCCAACCAGCAUUGAUGACGCUUGACCAACUAGCCCUAGUAGCGGGCACAGUUGUCGGUUCCAUUUGCGCGGUGAUAGCACUAGGCUUCUCCGCGCACACCUUUGUUCGAACUCGGUUCACAAGUCAAAGCACAGUUGCAGAAACGGAACAGCGACGCAGUAGUAAACGUUCUUCGCACUUUACUCGUGAAAAGUUCAACCUCCCAUCCACAAAUUCCUCUCAGCUGGAACUUACCGCUCCAGUACCACCACCAGAAGACACCCUCCAUCCAUGCUCUCUACGCCCCCCUUCAGUCGCCCUUACAAUUGACACGCUAGCCCAGGACGACUAUUAUCCUAUUCACACGAAAUCAAAGCACAAACGAGCUGUCUCAGUCUCAUCUCGCUUUUCGGUUCGCUCUCACUCUUACAAUAUCGGAUCUCUCGCGGACGACUUGAAUGCCAACCUCCCACUCCCGGCAUGUCACAAAGCAAUUGUAUCGGAACCUUACGAAGCAUUUGAGGACGAUGAAAUGGAGUUAAAAAUUGGGGAUUUGGUGAAUGUUUUCAAAGUCUUUGAGGAUGGUUGGGGCUGGGGUGUCAACGUAACAUCCGGCGCGAAGGGCAUCUUUCCGGUUGUUUGCUUGAGUAAUCUAUGAGCUCGCACCAAUUUCAUUCUUCUUUCUAUGGCUUGUGAAUAUGACCUAUGGAUAGCUCCUCUGUGUCGGUUGAUCACGUCAAUCGUCCGAUCAAGUCACCUAUCCAAAUGACAGCACGCUUGGCAACUAGAGGUAUUGAGUCGGCGCUGGACGCGAAACUCGAUAUGUUAUAUUUCUGUAAUAAAGUUUAGUGUAGAUUUGUGUUUAGUGUAGUGGUGGAUGAACCUAUAAUUUGUAUCUAUCGCUGUUGGUUUGCCGGAUACAGGCGGUUAUGCGAUAGUAUAUAUAAAGCAGAGUCAUGUCAGUCGGCAAACUAUCAGUCUUCAAAUCCAUACUCACAGAAAACACAUGUGUACAAGGAAAGGCCCGUAUAUCUAUACUACACUCACAACAUC